ACUUUCAGCAUGGUUGUGUUUACUGGAGGCGUUUUGUUUACGUGCUGCACGCUGGUAGCUUAGACAGGGCUCUACUAUACAUGCUGAUUUCAGUUCAAACGCAGCAGCACUUUUCCUUUUGCCAUCGAAAUUACAGCUCUUUGUCACGAAAGUCGAGGUGGGUAAAUAGGCACAUUUACGAGCCUUAAUCGUCCUAAAAUACCCUGUUAGUGCAGUCUCAGCUUUUAUUUAUCUUUCAUUUAAUGAAACUCCAACACAUGAACUUACUACUGGUAACGUUAUUUUUUAGUCGUUUUCGAAAAGAGGGGGAAAAAAGUCAAAAGUGUGCUGCGUUUGAACUGAAAUCAUGAAGCAGAGUCGAGAGACCGUGAACGUCCCUGCAUGCUUCAUAUCUAACCACGAGGGAUUCCUAGGGACCAUCAAAACCUUCAUUGAAGACUUUGUGGUGACUGAAAUCGACAUCCACGGACUGAAUGUGAGAGCAGCAGCUGCCACACGCACAUCUGGAGCAGAGGAGAACCAGACCAGCACAGAGAUGAAGGACAACAGUCACUGUUCCUUCUCCCAGGACAGUGAUGUCUCAUCAGAGUGUGGGGCAGACACCCUCCUGUCCAGCUCAGAGAGCUUUGACUUAGAUGUGAUCUUAGGCCAGUCCGUCAGCGAGGAACUUGAGCAGUUUGUGUUGACACUUAGAGAUAAAAGGCCCGUGGAGCUGGAGCUUUCGCUGGGAUCAUUUGCAGACAAACACCAGAGAGCCAACGUGCACCGGGCUGUGAGACACCGCUUCCCCUUCCUCAUGACCGUCACCAUCCAGCCUGAGAUCAGGGUCAGGGAGGACCCGGACUACAGGGAGCUCUCCCGGCUGGUCACGGAGGACGAGGCGGAAGACUUCUUCAGGUUCAUAGAUGCCAAAGUGCGGGGGUCGUCUUAUGCAUUUGCUCCUGAUGACAACAAAGAGCACAGAACAGCCGUUCAUCACUUCCUGAACCGAAGGUUUGGGAAGCUGGUGGAGACUAAGACCUUCAGUGACCACGGGAGGACGUCCAUCUCUGUUCGUCUGAGAGAACAGGGCCGGCCCAAGAAGAGAACGGCAGACGAACGCAAGGAAGAAGAAAUUUACACUGCAUUCACGCUGUGUAAGGAGAACCUGGAGACUCUGGAGGCCAUCAGCUACAUGGCGGCUGCGUUCGGGGUCCUGCCGUCAGAUUUCACCUACGCCGGGAUCAAGGAUAAGAGAGCCAUCACCUACCAGUCCAUGGUGGUCAAGAAGGUCUCACCUCAACGGUUGAAAGAGAAGACGGCGGAGUUCGAGAAGCGAGGGAUGCGUCUGUCUCAGGUCCGCUCCGUCAGCGAGCCCCUGAGGCUGGGGCAGCUGCAGGGGAAUCACUUUGACCUGGUGGUCCGCAAUCUCAAACCCCACGACGCCGCUGACACGCACUCCUCGGCUACAGACGUAAACACCCGACUGGAAAUGCUUGUCAAGGAAGCAGUGAAGAAUGUCAAGACCAAAGGUUUCGUCAACUACUAUGGACCCCAGAGGUUUGGGAGUGGACAGGGCGUUCAGUCCGAUGAAGUAGGACUAGCUCUGCUGAAAGAGGACAUGGUCAGUGCUGUGCGUCUCUUCUUCACCGCAGAGGAAGGCGACGAUCCUCAGAGCCUUGCAAAGAAACACUUCCUGCAAACAGAUAAUGCUAAAGAGUCUUUGGCGUUGAUGCCGUUGUCCAAGGCCAGGGAGCGGCUGAUGCUCCGGGCCAUGAACCGCUACGGUACCGGUCCAGAUGGCUGCGCCCAAGCCUGGCUCAGUCUUCCCCACAGCAUGAGAGUUUUCUACCCUCACGCCUACUGCAGCAGGGUGUGGAACGAGGCAGUGGCUCACAGGCUGGCGACAAUGGGUCACGGCGUCAAAGAAGGAGAUCUGGUGUGGGUCCAAACACAUGACAACAAGAUGGAAGAAGCUGCAGAAACCAGCUCACCUCAGGUCCAUGUGGUGACGAAUCUGGAGGAGCAAGCAGGCAUCUUCAAACUUGAACAAGUGUUGUUACCAAUGCCAGGAAACACGGUGAAGUAUCCGGAGAACGCCAUCGGGGCCUGGUACCAGGAGAGACUGGCCAGAGAUGGACUGGCCGACUGCCGCUUUCGAGUCAGCGGGCUGAAGCUGAACCUGCCCGGCUGCUACCGUCCCCUGCUGGCCGUCCCGCAAAACCUCAGCUACCAGCUGCAGAGAACAGCCGGCGGAGAGGCCGCGGGAGGGGGGGCCAGGGACAUGAACUCACUGGCGCUCAAGUUGAGCUUCAACCUGAACUCCUCCUGCUACGCCACAGUCUGCCUCAGAGAGAUCAUGAAGAGUGAUCUCUAAAGCUGAACUUCAUAAACGCGUGUUUGUUUUCCAAGUUCGGUGCCACUGAAUGUGAUGCAUCUUUAUUUUGGUUUGUCGUUGUAUCAAGAUAAAGACGUAAAGAAAAAAAAUGCAGUCUGUAGUUGAUGAAGCUUAUAAAGGAAGUGUCUCUCCCAAUUGUCAACAAUUUAAAAAGGAAACUGUAUGUUUGUUUGUUUGUUUGUUUGUUUUUUUAAAAUAAAAUCUUAGAAGAUGUUC